AUGGAGGAAACAUACAAAGACAGGACUUCAUUAGUGAAAGGGGCGAAAGAUAUUGCCAAAGAGGUGAAGAGGCAAGCAGUGAAGAAAGUGAAUAAAGCUGUUGACAAAGCUCAGGAUGGCUACACACAGAGGUCCUACAGCCGAUUCCAGGAUGAGGAAGAUGAUGAUGAUUACUAUGUCCAAGGAGGAAAUUACGGUGCAGAAGCUAAUGAUGAUGAAGGUUCAAGUGAAGCAACGGAAGGGCAUGAUGAAGAAGAUGAAAUUUAUGAAGGGGAGUAUCAAGGAAUCCCCAACAUGGGGCAGGGCAAGGAUGGCAUGGUGGCCUUGGGUCAGCCUAUGCGUGAUGAAUAUAAAGAUCGUAAUGAACUGGAAACAGAGAGGAAAGCUGAUGAAGAAGAACUAGCACAGCAGUACGAACUGAUAAUUCAAGAAUGUGGCCAUGGUCGUUUCCAAUGGGCCCUCUUCUUUGUGUUGGGAAUGGCACUAAUGGCUGAUGGGGUUGAAGUUUUUGUAGUUGGAUUUGUGUUGCCCAGUGCUGAAACAGAUAUGUGUAUACCCAAUUCUGGAUCAGGAUGGCUUGGUAGCAUAGUGUACCUUGGGAUGAUGGUGGGGGCAUUCUUCUGGGGAGGCUUGGCAGACAAAGUGGGAAGGAGACAGUCACUCCUGAUAUGCAUGUCUGUCAAUGGAUUCUUUGCCUUCCUUUCAUCAUUUGUCCAGGGCUAUGGCUUCUUCCUCUUCUGUCGCUUGUUUUCUGGAUUUGGGAUCGGUGGAGCUGUGCCGACAGUCUUCUCCUAUUUUUCGGAAGUGCUUGCUCGGGAAAAACGAGGCGAACACCUGAGUUGGCUCUGCAUGUUUUGGAUGAUUGGUGGCAUCUACGCUUCUGCAAUGGCUUGGGCAAUAAUCCCUCAUUACG